AUGGAUGUAACUGAAGCACCUUGGGAGACUGAAAACAUAUGGCAGGAGUUAAUUGACUUUUUAAGAGAACUUGAGAUGUAUUUGCUGAUCUCAGGCAUUGUGGAAUUCAUCAUUUCCCUGGUGGGGCUGGCAGGAAAUGCUGUGGUGUUCUGGCUCCUGGCUUUCCGCAUGCAGAGGAAUGCUUUCACCGUCUACAUCCUCAACUUGGCAGGAGCUGAUUUUGUCUGUCUAUGCACCCACAUGGUAUCCUCCAUGAUGGAUUUGGUCAAAUAUAUGAAAGUAUUCUCCGAUAACCUGGUAUUACUUUUUUUGGCAGCAUUUCUCACUCCCUAUGUUGCAAGCAUGAGCAUUCUCACUGCCAUUAACACUGAGCGCUGCCUGUCUGUCCUAAAGCCCAUUUGGUAUCAUUGUCACCGCCCAAAACACAUGUCAUCUGUCAUGUGUGCCCUGAUCUGGGUGCUGUCCGUGCUCCUGAGCAUUCUUAGAUUGGAGUUUUGUGGUUUUCUGUCUGGAAAAUAUGAUAAGGAUUUGUGUAGACUAAUUGAUUUCAGCAUUGUCACAUGGCUGAUUUUCUCCUUUGUGCUUCUGUUCGGGUCCAGCCUGGUGCUGCUGACCAGAUUGCUGUGUGGCUCCCAGAAGAUAAAGCUGACCAGGCUGUAUGUGACCAUCGGGAUCACAGUGCUGGUCUUCCUCCUCUUUGGCCUGCCCUGGGGAAUCACUUAUUUUAUCUUAGAAAGGAUGUUAACUGCUCAUUACACGAUCCGCUUUAAAGUACAUGUAGUCCUUAAUGUAUUAACCGCUGUCAACAGCUGUGCUAAUCCCAUCAUUUACUUCUUUGUUGGCUCUUAUAGACACCAGCAAAGACAGCUAAGAAGGAGCCUCAAAGUAAUUCUGCAGAGAGCUUUGCAGGAUGCUCCUGAGGAGGAUGGACGCCAAGGCAGCCCUCCUCAGGAGACCCUGGAGAUGUCAGGAAAUACUCACGUGGCCUAA